AAGACAUCAUGUGCACAUUUUUAAGGACCCUCUCUCUGAAAACCCCUCGAACUGGGAAAUUUUUUACGGUCUGUUCCCUCGCGACGCGCCGGUCGGUCAUUGCUGAAGGCCAACCUUUCAAAUAAACAUGUAGACCGGUAAAGAAGCAAGUGUCCUGCUAGUUAACUUCAUUUGAAUGCCCACAGAGUCGCCGGAGAUCAGAAUGGCGAAGCGCAAGGUGUUUGGAUCUGAUUCUUAAAACUACUUUUACUUCUUCACAGAAGCAGAAGUUGGAGUGUUUGGGUGAAAGAUUUGAAGUGGUUUACUUGAAUCAAUCCAGUAGUUACUCAGUAUCUGGAGUCCUUCCUUAUCUGUUCUACACUUCUACUGCAUUUUAGAUUCUUAUGGUAGACAACGUACUCCAAGGUCCUGGACUGAUAAAAUUCCGAGAGGAAAAAACCAAGGAAGCCUAAGAUGACAUGCCUGAUAUACCUUCUUCACGUGCGCCUAAAAUAUGGUAAUUCUUUCUUGUGCAGAUAUACAUAAAUAGAUAUUUGAUCUUAUUUUGAGGUAUACUGGAAUUUUAUUCACCCAGGACCUCAAAGAUAAAGUGUGUCGCUAUAGGGUCUGAAUGAAUGAAAACUAUCAAUCAAAAACCUAAAAUAUCAUAGAUUUUGUUUUAUUUAUUUAUUCAUUAAUUUCAUCAUUAAUUUUUGAUGUUUUUUCUUCACAAAAGUUUAUUACUUUAAUAAAAUUAAAUAAUAUUUAAAUUAUUUAAAAUAACAAAUAUUGAAUUUCAUGACAUUUAAGGUCUUAAAUUGAUAUUUUUCAAUCAUUCGGGCCCUAUAUCAAUACACUUUAUCUUUCGGGUCCCUUAUUGACAUUGAAUCUGUCUUUCAUGUCUUGGAUUGAUAAAAUUCCAUAAUAAUAAUGUCAAAUAGUCCGUUUGGUGGCCUCUAUUUCCAUAAUAAUAAUGUCAAAUAGAAGACAAUUUGUUGGCGUUCAAAUGAACUUAACUGGGGCAUUCAAAUGAACACCGCCAUUUGCGUACUGGGGCAAGAAAGGGCCGGAUGUCAUUCCAAAAUUUUAACCCUGUUAUUGAUAUGAGUUUAAGGUUUGAAUGACUUGAAAUAUUUUGACAAGUUUCUCUAAGUUGACUCUUCUGGCUUUCUGUCUGCUUACAUGCAAUAUUUUUUAUAGAAAUUUGUUGGCAUUCAUUUGCGUACUGGGGCAAGAAAGGGCCGGAUGCCAUUCCAAAAUUUUAACCCUGUUAUUGAUAUGAGUUUAAGGUUUGAAUGACUUGAAAUAUUUUGACAAGUUUCUCUAAGUUGACUCUUCUGGCUUUCUGUCUGCUUACAUGCAAUAUUUUUUAUAGAAAUUCAAUGAAGCUCUAAAGCCCAAUCUUUGAUUUUGAUCACUUUUAGUACAAACUGUUGUGUUUUCGCUCAUAUAUGGUCCUUCAAUGUUUCCGGUGGUUAAAAUCACCGUAAAAGGACCAUAAAUGCUUAAGAAACAUUAGUCAAGUAUCAAAAGUGAACAAAAUGAAAGACGUGGAUUAAACAUGAAAUUGACAUAAACCCCAUAGUACCAACAACAACAACAACAUCCAAGCCUUAGACGCAAAAGAUUUUGGGGUCGACUAACAUGGAUCGAUACGUUUUGAUAUCAACACCAAAAGGAAAAGAAAGAAAAGAAAGAAAAAAAGAUAAACUAUGAUAAAAAAAUAAUAUAAAAAGAGAUGGAUAUACAUAAAAAAGAUAGAAUAAAGGGAUAAAAAGAAUAUUUAAAUAUAUAAAGAUAAAAGGAUAAAAAAAACAAGAAAAGGAAGAUGAAGGGGAAAAGAUGAUAAGAGAUCCCUCCACCACACGAUUGCCCGCCCUCUACUUUGCUCUCUCCAAAGCCAUACCCUCACCCAAGGUUGUCAAAGUCGUGCGCCUGAGCGCUUAAGCAUAUCACUUUUGGCCUCACCCAACCCAAGAAGAAGCAUAUCACUUUUGUUCUGUGUCUCUUCUCCACACAUCUCAACUCGUUUGAUAAGAAAAGAAGGGAUGAUCAACUUGAUGUAGGGGAAUGGGUAUAUUUGAAGAUUCAGCCCUAUAAACUUAAGGACAUUAGCCAGGAGUCAUCAGAAGUUGAGUCCCAGGUUUUAUGGGCCAUUUGAGGUGAGUCAUUUUCAUUUCAUUUUCAUUUACCCCAGUGCCGCAAAGGCUCCCACCUGCGGUGGGGUAAGGGGGGGUCGGAUGUACGCAGUCUUACCCCUGUACUAAAGCACAGAGAGACUGUUUCCGUAUGACCCAUAGUGAAAAUCGCGUCCAAGAUUGCAUGGACCGACUGUUGCUCCAUAACAAAGAAGCGCAGACAGUUUAGUGAGCCGUUUUGCUUUAUUCCAUCAUAAUCUCAAGCCAAAAAAUAAUGAAUCUUUGGCUCCAUUGCAAAUGAGGUGAGUGCGAAGAUAAAUCCUGCAGCCUAUAACUUGAAGUUACCAGAAGGCUGUAAGGUGCAUCUAGUGUGCCAUUUAUCCCUCUUGAAGAAAACAAUAUUUCCCACUACCCCAGUGCAACCUAAACCCAAGUGCAUUUCAGAAGAAUGGGAACUGCAAGUUACUCCAGAAAAGAUAAUGGAUAGCAGAGUCAACACAAUUGGGGGACUGAAAUUUUGAUGCACUGGAAGAAUAUGCUAGAUUUUGAAGACUCUUGGGAAGAGCUCCAGCAAUUUCAAGGGCAAUUCCCUGACUUCCACCUUGAGGACAAGGUGGCACCAUGAGGACAAGGUGGUAGUUCCAAGGGGUGAUGAUCGAGACAGUGGGAGGCAGUCAACUAAUAAUCGUAAUAAUAUUAGUUACUAUAGCAAAGUGUACUCUAGGAGAGGGAAGGAGAAUAUUAAAUAGCUGCUGUGAUGUAAAGGGAUCGGGAGGGGAUAUUAUAAAUAAGCAGCUAUAGUGUAAAAAGAGUAGGCUGAUAUUCUGUUAUUGGGCUGGGACUGGAGAGUUGACACUCUUUAACUACCCGAGACGUUCUCUUUUCUAUUAAUCAUUUUUCCCUAUUGAGACAAUUUGAUAGGGCCUUGGGCUGUAGAGAAUAAUAAUAAUAGUAAUAGAUUGAUAUUAAAUAAGUGUGGUAUUGUGUAAAUAAGGAUUCUGGGUCAUCUCAUAGAAUAUGGGCUAGCCUGUUAGGAUAUAAUUACUAUAAGAGUGGGAAGGAAGGAAGAAGGGAGUUAGGUAGAAAUUGGAAUUAGGCUUGGGACUUGGGAGAGGGGACUGCUCGAAGUGUCUUGUUCUGAUUUCUUCUCUUUCUUUCUGUUCUUGCCUGUUCAGUUGUAAUCGACCAGACUUUCAUCUUCAAUAAAUCGUAAAUUUCUGCUGCUUUUGUUGAGGUAUCUAACAUUGGUAUCAGAGCAGUUGUCCCUGGGAAGCUUCAAUCUAAGUCACGCAAUAAAAAAUGGAGCAGCGCAGGGAACAUCAAAGGUCAGAACAGAAAGUGGCUGCCUCUGCCUUGCGCGUGAACACUGAGAAGCGUGUGUCUACCCAAGGCGGAAAGGAACUACGCAGGAAGCAUGGAAGAUCCGAUCAGGAUGCUUCGCGCGGAAAAAGGGAGAAGGUAGCGGAAAUGGUUGAGCGCGGAAAAGUGGAGAAGCUGGCGGAAAAGGUUGAAAGUGAUUGGGCGAAGGAGAUGCGCCACAUGUUUGGCAAAAUUCGUCACAGACUCAAGCGACACAGAGACAGAGCGAGGAGUCCUCCUAGACACCGUUGGAAUUCGUCACUAAGUGCGCAGACGGUGUCGCAGGAAGAAGCUUCUAGAUCGCAAUCGACAACUUUGCCAUCUCGAACUGUUUCUCCCAGUUCGAAGUCGCAAACGGCUUCUCCUUGUUCGCAGGUCUUUUCAUCCCCAGCGCUAGCAGAUUCUGUCCGCUCUCAGGUUUCCUCGUUCGCAGAUUCAUCCACUAUCAGCUCGCGUCAAAUUGUGACGAUAUCAGGAGGAGACUCCAAAUCCCUGAGAUAUCCCUCUACGAACCCUAGUACGACUCUAGACAGAGGAGACACCAUCAGUUUACCGUUGCUAUCCGUGUCGCAAGAGUCGGGCAAUCCACAGAAAACGCUCUUUGAAGGUAAGUUCAUCUACGGUGAUGGGGGACGAGAAAAAAAAUCCUCUGUGGUGACUCAAUCCUUUGUUGAAGCCUGCAGGGGAAUAUGAAUUUGCCGUUAAUAAAAAUGUUGUUUCGAAUAUUUGGGAAAGUUCUCCAGGGACUAUCAGCAUAAAGGAAACUGAGGAAAUAGAAGAGGAGAAUGAUGGAAGAGGAAGUAAAGGAUCUGAUCAAAAACCUUUCCACAAGGUUGAGAUGGGGCAACAGCCAAACACCAAGGUUUCUGGAAUGUAAAGUAUGAGGCUGUGUGGAGUUGAUGUCAAUCAUAGCUCAAAGGAGAAAGUGGGAAAAAGGAUUUAAGUUUUAUUUAGCUCAAUGUUCCUUGAACAAAAUGGCGCCAAAGAUUCAUUAUUUUUGGCUUGAGAUUAUGAUGGAAUAAAGCAAAAUGGCUCACUAAACUGUCUGCGCUUC